AUGGAUUCAAGGUCGCCGGGACGAUUGGAUUCAGUGUUGAAUAAAAUUCGAGGAAAAAUUGAACGAGUUGAACAACCAAGACAAUCUAAUGGAUCUUCUUCGUCUUCUCAAAGAAAUCAAGUUUCGAUGGUUGAAAAUAAUAUUGAACAAAAACCAAUUGUGGUGAGAAUAUCAAAAAUUGUUUUUAAAAAAAACUAGUUUUUAUUUAUUUUUAGAAUCGAAAUAUUCCAAUAACAUUAGACGAUGAUGAAGAUGAUGUUGAAGCACAACAAAAUGCAAAAAUCAAAUUAUUAGAAAAACAAUUAGAAGAAGUUAAAUCUACAAGUUCUCAACAAAUGCAUCAAAUGGGAAGUCAAAUUGAAAUGAUGUAUCAGAUGAUGAAAAGAAAUUCAGAAGCAUCUCCUGCUUCUUCAAGUCCUUCACAAUCUGUUUCUUCUCCACAACCGGCAAUGGAUAUUGAUGAAAUGAGUGAUGAACAAAUUUUGCAACAGAAAAAAUUGUUGGAAUCUAUUUUAAUGAAACGACAACAAUCAAGAAAUGCAGUUCCAGCAAAAAAACAAACAUCGGAUGAAGAUUUAUUUAUUGAAAGAGUUGUUAAAGGAAGUUUUGAAUGUCCAAAAAUAACAAUCAAAACAGAAUCGCCAAUGAAACGUAAAGCAGAAAAUGAAUUACCUCAGAAUCCACCUAUAAAAACGCCGAAAAUAGUUGAUAGCGGAGGCGGAGCUGAACCUUUGGUCAAUGUUCAUUGCUCAUUAUGUAUUCAAAAUUUCAAAAAAGUUUCACAUUUAUUGAAUCAUCGAUUAGAAGCACACGGAAAGAAUGCAAUGUUGCAAUGUGGAAAAUGUCGAAUGAAAUUCAAUACAAGAGUUGAAAUUCAAAGACAUUUAUAUAUUGUAAGUUUAUUUCUAGAAUUACUGUUGAAUAUAAUUUAAAUAUUUUAGGAAUAUGCUGUUUUUAGUUGCAAAAUAUGUUCUUCUUGUUUUCCAAAUUCAAAUCAACUUCAAAUUCACGAAUUUGCGUGUUCUAUUCAACGUCAAAAUACGAAUAAGCAAUCUUCUUCGGAAAGUUUUGAUUGUAAUUUAUGUGGAAAUUCUUUUGGAAAUGUUGAAGAUUUGCUAACUCACAGACAAGUAUUUCAUGGAAUGAAAAUUAUGUUGAAAUGUCCGAUAUGUAAUCAAGAUUUUUUGUCGAAAGCUAUGAUCAAAAGGCAUUUAAAUAUAGAAUAUAUGGUUCAUCCGUGCAAAAAAUGUGGAUCAUGUUUGGAAUCUGAAGAAGAUUUGGUUGAACAUAACUCGAUUUGUGGUGAAAAAGAAAUGGAACCGAUUGUAUUAGAUCAAGAUUCUUUUGAUUCGUCCAUAGAUGCUUCACAACAAAAUUCAACAAAUCCACUACUUUUAUUGGCAAAAUUAGAAAGUGGAUUUUUGAAGUCAUCUCCAAGUAGUUCUUCUGCUUCCUCAAUGCUUGAUUUUACAAUCAAUUCAUUGAAACGAAAAGCUAAUUUCGAAAGUGAUAUUCCACCGUUAAAACAAUGUUCGAAAUGUGAUAAAAUUGUGGCAACAAUUGAUGAUUUAUUAAAUCAUCGAGAAGAAGAACAUGGAAUUGAAACUAUGUUAGUUUGUGGAAAAUGUGGAGAAAUGUUUGAAACAAGAGAUGAGAUUGAACGACAUUUGAAUAUUGUGAGUUGAUUUUUUUUUGAAAAAAAAUUCAGAAAAUAUACUUUCCAGGAAUAUCGUGUUUUUGCUUGUUCUUGUUGUGGAUUACAAACACAAAAUGAAGUUGCACUAAAAAAUCAUGAAAGAUUGUGUUCGACCAGAAAACAUGCAAAAACAAUAUCGUGUUGGACAUGUAAUGAUGGAAUUAAAUUCCAAUCAGUAACUGAUUUAAUGACACAUCGAUUAAUAAAACAUGGAAAAGAAGCAACAAGAGAAUGUGGAUAUUGUAACAAGAAAUUCGAAACUCGAAAUGGUAUUCAUCAACAUUUGACAACUGUUGAAUAUGAAUGUUUUAAAUGUGACAGAUGUUCGAGAUUAUUUUUGACACAAGGAAAAUUAGAUGAACAUUUGUUGGAAUGCAAUAAAAUAAUAACAAAACAACGAGCAAGAAAUCUUGAUCCUGGAUAUAAAUGUUCGAAAUGUGAACAUUCAACUAUGAUUCCGGAAGUUUUGGAAAAACACGAACCAAAUUGUCGAGGUCGAAAUAUAAUUCCAAUGCAAUGUAAUAUUUGUCACGUUGUAUUCGAUUCAGUUAAAACAUUAUUAACACAUCGAAAAGAUACACAUGGAGAAGAUUCGAUGAUGGAAUGUGGUAUUUGUGGAAGAAUAUGUAGUCGGAGAGAUGCAAUUGCACUUCAUUUAAAUAUCGAAUAUCGUGUAUUUACUUGUCUUCGAUGUGAAAAACCAUAUCAAACAUUAGCACAAGUAUUUGAUCAUGAAAAAAUAUGUACUGGAGGACAAUAUAGACAACAUCAUCAACAUAAUGAUGAUUCGAUAUUAUCAAAUACGGCAACAUUAAUAAGUUGUACACAAUGUGGAAGACAAAGUAGUUCACAAGAUAUUAUUGAUGAACAUAUGAAAUCUUGUAUUGGAGAUGCUGAUUGGAUGCCAAAAUUAGAAUGUAAUUUGUGUCAAGAACCUUUCCAAGUUUUGAAUGAUUUAUUGACUCAUCGACAAAAAGUUCACGGAACUUCAACAAUGUAUUCUUGUUUCAAAUGUCCCAAACAAUUUGAAAGUAGAAAAGGAAUUUAUGGGCAUCUUACUUUGGAAUUAGGACUACUUCCUUGUUUGAAAUGUCUUCGGAACUUUUCAUCAGUCACAAUUCUGACAAAUCAUGAACGUAUUUGUGGAGGAAUAAAUGGUGGAUAUAUUGAGAGAAGUGGUGGACAAAGUGCAAAUCGAGCAACAGCUGCAUCUCGACUUAUUCAUUCUUGUUCAAAAUGUGGAAAUCGAAGUGGAUCACAAUAUAUUAUUGAAGAACAUGAAAAAGAAUGUCUUGGUGAAACUACACAAUUAGAAAUUACUGUAAGUUUUUAUUUUCUUUGUUAGCUAUAUUAUUUUUAAAAAUAUUCUAAUGAAUGUUUCGGAACUUUCCAAAAAAAACAUUUCAUUCAUAAAAAUCUACAUAUUUAAGCUAAAUUCGGGAUCAAAACUUAGGAAACCUAUAAUCAUCUUGAAAAAAAUUGAUCCAAAAUUUUAAACAAAUAAAAUUCAAUCCUGGAAAAAUCUCUUGUGAAAAAUGAAAUUUAAAUAAAAAGUAAAUGAAAUCAUUUAAAAUUUGACCUCGUUUUGACAAUAAAAGUAAUUCUAUUUUAUUUCAGUGUUCCGUUUGUUAUGAAAAAUUCCCGACUGUCAGUGAUUUACAACAACAUCGUGGAAGAAUUCAUGGAGAAGAAUCAGUUUUACAAUGCGGUGUUUGCAAUAAAACCUUCGAGUCAAAACACGGAGUCAGUGCUCAUUUAACAAUGGAAUAUAAUUUGAUACCGUGCUUGAAAUGUGGAAAACCGCAAGGUGGAGCACCGCAAUUACUUGAACACGAGAAAAAUUGUGCCAAAAAUGUGAGUUUCAGUUUUUUUUUUCAAAAAAAAUAUUGGAUCAAUUUUUAGAUCAACAAUGCGAUGAAUUGUUUUAAAUGUAAUCGAUUGACAUUUACAAAAGAAAUAUUAGAUGCACACGAAGCAAGUUGCGAUGGAGUUAUCACAAAAUGUGAAAAAGAUAUAAAAUGUGCACUUUGUGAUGAACAAUUUCUAAAUGUAAAUAGUCUUUUGACUCAUUUGAUGAGAAAUCACAGCGAAGAAGCAAUGUUAACAUGUGGAAUAUGUGGAAGACAAUUCGAAUCAAAAAAUGGAAUAUGGGGACAUUUAAAUUCAGAAUAUGAAAUAUUCCCAUGCUUAAAAUGUGGAAGAUUCCAAAAUAGUUCAAGUCGAUUAGCCGAACAUGAAAGAUUUUGUAUAAGUGGAGCAGGAGAAAGAAGUAAUGGAGGAGGAGGAAAUGCGGGAAUGAGUGGAUUGGAUAUGGAAAGAGCUUCACUUCAAUGUUCAAAAUGUAUGAAGACGACUUAUUUAACAACAUUUAGUCGAGCUACUUUUGCACAACAUGAAUCGAUUUGUGCUGGAAUGGGAGAACCACUUGAUCCAACUUCGAGAAAAGAUAUUAUGGUUCGUGUUUUUUCUUUCAUUUUCAAUUUCAUAGUUCAAAAAAGUUUAAAGAACAUUUUUUUCAAAGUUCUCUCACAAAAUAUAAUUUUUCAGUGUCUUGUUUGUCACGAAGCAUAUUUCUCAGUUGGUGAUCUUGUUACUCAUCGACAAAGGAAUCACGGAGAAGCAACUGGUUUGGAAUGUCAUUUUUGUGGAAGAAGAUUUGAAACAAGAUCUGGAAUUGUUGGACAUUUAAGUGUUGAAUAUGAACUUUAUCCGUGCACAAAAUGUGGAAAGUUUCAAUCAAGUAAUAGUCGAAGAAAUGAUCAUGAAAAAGGUUGUAAUGAGGAAACAUUUCAAACUGUUAAUUUGUCACAAUGUUCUAAAUGUCAAAAAUAUGGACAUCGAAAAGAUGAAGUAAUGAAACAUGAGGAAAUAUGUGGAACUGAUGAAUAUAAUGAAAACGAAAAAGAUAUUGCUGUAAGUUUGAAAUUGAAAAUAUUCAAAGUUUUUGAUUUGUCAUAAAUUUUAGUGUAUUCAUUGUCCGGAUAAAUUUUUGAAUGUUCCAAGUUUGGUUGGACAUAAUCAAGUGAAUCACGGAGAUGAUGCAAUGUUGACAUGUAAUGUAUGUGGAAGGAAAUUUGAUACGAGACAAGGAGUUCUUAUGCAUUUACUUCUUGAAUAUUCAAAUCAUAUAUGUUCGAAAUGCGGAAAACCACAAAUGAAUGCGAAUAAAUUGCAAGAACAUGAAAAUCAAUGCACAUUUUUGAAAACAUUAACAUGUUCAAAAUGCGAAAUGAUUUCAUUUUCUGAUAAUCUUUUCGAUAAACAUGUUAAUUAUUGUACUGGAAAAGAAGAAGAACCGUGGAAAUUAUUAUGUGCACUUUGUGAUGAUCAAAAAUUCCUUUGUGUAAAUGAUUAUUUGACACAUCGAAAUCAAGUUCAUGGCGGAGAAUCGGCAAUGUUGCGAUGCUCAUUUUGUAGUAAAAAAUUCACAUCGAAAUCUGGAAUUAGUUGGCAUUAUAAUUUGGAAUUUGCACUGUUUCCUUGUCAAAAAUGUAAAAAACCGUGUCGAAGUGAACAACAUCAAAUUGAACAUGAAAUACGAUGUAAUGGAAUACAAUUUGAUGGAAAUGAAACAUUCAAAAAAAAUGAACAAAUUCUACAAACUUGUUCAAAAUGUGAAUUGAAAACAUUUCAACCUGCUAUUUUCAGUCAACAUGAAUUACAAUGUAAUGGAACAAUUGACAAAAAUAUUCAGGUAAUUUACUUAUUUUUCAAGCAAAAAAAAUUGAUUUUUUGCAGUGUAUUUUAUGUAGCGACGAAAAGUUUAUGACUGUCAACGACUUUUUGACACAUCGGCAAAAUAUUCAUGGAGAUGAGGCUGUUUUAAAAUGCCAAUUUUGUGAUAGAAGAUUUGGAUCGAAAAAUGGUGUGACUGGACAUAUGCUUUGUGUAAGUUUUUAUUGAGAAUGCCUACGUGAAAACCUAUACAUUUUUAAAAUUUAUAAAUAAUGAAAUUAAAAAUGCGAAGAAACAUUUUCUUCGAAAAUAGGAAUUUUUUAUGGAGUUUUUAACUAUUUCGCCUAGGUGCACCGUCUGAAAAAUAGAGAAAAUCUGAAUGGUAUUAUUUCUUCUAAUCCUGAUGUUUCUAAUUCAUAUCGACUGAAAUUUAGAAAACUAUUAUAUUUUGCUGCUGCAGAAUUUGCAUUAAUUAUCAGCCUAUUCUUUUUAGUUUCCGCCAGAUCUCACAUGUUUACUAGAACAAUUUUAUGCAAAAAACAGACGCUGUCAGUUUAUUACUGUUAUUUUGAAAUGUAUCUCAUUCUCAAAAGUAAUAACUGACAUUAAAAUGUAAAAUUAAUUAUAUUUUAUUAAAUAUAAGAUGCGCAAUUUUCAGUUUGUUUGUCACGGUGGCCGAGUGGUCUAAGGCGUGGGUCUUAUGAACUCAUUGGUGCAAACCAUCGCGGGUUCGAAUCCCGUCCGUGACAUAACAAAUAUUUUUGUUUUUAAUUAAUUUGUUUGUUUGCAGGAAUUUGGAUAUAUGGAAUGUGUGAAAUGCAAUUUACACCAUUAUACAAAUGCUCGACUUGAAGAACAUAUGAAAGGAUGUAAUGUUGUAUUUGAAGAAUCAUCGAAAUCUUGCAAAACUUGUGGAAAACAAAGUUAUAUUGAAAGUGUUCUGACAAGUCAUCAGAAUAAUUGCUCGGAAAAUGAUACAGUUUUCAAAUGUAAUACAUGCUCGAUUGAAUUAAUCUCAGUUCAAGAUCUUCUUCAACAUAAAUUACGAGUUCAUUCUGAAGAAAAUAUGCUGCAAUGUGAUAUUUGUUCGAAAAAAUUCUCAUCGAGAACUGGUAUAUUUUGGCAUUAUAACAAGGAAUAUAAAGUAUUUCGAUGUAAGAAAUGUGGAAAACCUCAAUCUAGUGCAAAUUUAUUGGUUGAGCAUGAAAAAAAUUGUGGAAAUGCCAAAGUGGAAAAAGACGAAACUGUAUGUUGUUUUGAAUAAUUGAACAGAAAAAUGUUAGUUCUUUGUUUUCAGAAAACAAUGGAAGCAUUUAUAAUGAAUUGUCCAACUUGUGGAAUUUCAUCUUAUUAUAAAAAUUUAAUCGAUAUUCAUAAAGAAGAAUGCGAUAAAUCACCAACAUUAACAGAAGGAGGAAAAGAGAUUUAUUGUACUGUUUGCGAGGAAAAGUUUUUGACAGUUAAUGAUUUGGUAACUCAUCGAGGAAAAACUCAUGGCGAACAAAUAAUGCUGGAAUGUGGAAUUUGUCAAAAGAAAUAUGAAUCGAAAACUGGAGUUCUUCAACAUUAUAUGCACGAAUUCCAUAUGUAUCCAUGUCGAAUUUGUAAAUCAACUCAUGCAUCCAAAAAACGAAGAACUGAACAUGAAAAAACCUGUAAAAAUGAAGAAGUCAAAGAAAAAGAAAAAAUGGUGAGUUAUUUAUUUCGGGAAAUGUUUUAUCCCUUUAUUUCUUAUCUCAACUAAUUUUCGCACGAUUUUAUUUUAAUUGGAACUUUUUCUGUAAUUUUAUUUUUCUCAAUGUAAGAAAAAAUCCGGGGAAACUUUCUUGAGUAGUAUGAAUGCGAAAAAAAAUAGUAUUAUUUAGCUGGAAGAAAUGAUAAGUUGUUCGAAAUGUAACAAAUCGACAUAUUUGCAAUCAAUAAUGGAUGAACACGAAAAAGAAUGUUCUACAGAAGAAUUAGAUGAAUCUGUUAUGGAAAUUGAUGAUUCAACUAUCAGUUGUCCAGAAAUAAAAUGCUCACUUUGCCCGGUUUCAUGUUUAUCUGUUAAUGAUCUAUUAACACAUCGAAACAAAGAACACGGAGAAAAUGCAAUGUUGACUUGUGUUAUUUGUCAAAAAGUUUAUGAAUCGAAAACUGGAAUUAUUGGACAUUACAAUUUAGAAUUUCAACAGUUUAGUUGCAAAAAUUGCUCGAAAAUGUUUUCGCAUCUAUCGAAUUUGAAGAAACAUUUAAAACAAUGUCAGAAAUCUGUUGGAAAUGGAAGUUUUAUUUUAUCCAAAGAUGUUUCUGUAAGUUUUAGAAUUUUUAAUUUUAAAUAAGAAAAUAAUAAAUUACAGAAUCCUUCUCAAUGUUCAAAAUGUUCGAAAUGGUCAUUAGUUCCUCAAACAAUAAAUGAACACGAAACAACUUGUAGUGGAGAAAUUGAUGAAAAUGGAAAAACAUUGAGUUGCACGAUUUGUGAUACAAAUUGGUUAUUACCGUAUGAAUUAUUGACACAUCGAAAAGAUCAACAUGGAAAUUCAGCAAUGUUAGAAUGUGGAUUGUGUGAACGACGUUUUGAAAAUCGAGAUCACACAUUGAAACAUCUUUAUACUUGCUACGAAUUAUUCAAAUGUAAACAUUGUUCGAAAAUAAUGCAAAGUCGAUCAAAAUUGGCUCAACAUCUCGAAAAAUGUGCUCCGAAAGUGAAGAGAAAUUCCCGAAAAGUAAGUAUAGCUGAAGAUUCGAUGGAUGAAACAACAUUUGGAGAAUCGGAAUGUGAAAAAUGUCAAUUGAUCAGUCUUGAUCCUGUUGUUUUGUCUGAACAUGAACAAAUAUGCGAAGGACAAACCGAAUGGUUUGAUGAUGAUAAUAAAACAAUUACAUGCACAAAUUGUAACAAAAAAUUCUUGACUGUCAAUGAUUUAUUGAGCCAUUAUAAAGGAAAACACGGAGAAACAUUGAGUGAUUGCCAUUUUUGUGGAAAACGAAUUGAUUCACAACCUGGUAUUUUGGCACAUUUUAACAUUGUAAGUUGACAUUUUUUUGAGUUUUAAAUUAUUUUUCUUUCUGAAUAACUUCCAUAUAUAUUAAUGAAUUUUAUUAUGUUUGCAGGAAUAUAAAUUAUUCGAAUGUUCGAAAUGUGACAAAGCAUGUGCAUCGAAAAAACGUCGAGAAGUUCACGAAUUAUCUUGUAAUGUCAAAAAAACACUCAGCAGUCGACCAAAAGAAGAUGUAAGUUUUUUUUUUCAAAAUGUGUUUCAAUUAGGGGUCCUUUAGGAAAAUAAUCAUAAUGACCGUAAUGCUACCAGGUUUUUUUUAAUUUUGGGGUUUCUCAUGAAAAAGGCUGAACUUCCAAAAAAAACCUUUUUUUUUAUAGAACCAAAAAAUUUUUUCAGCCGCUUUUAUCAAAUGAUGAUGGUUCAUUUACUUGCGUAAAAUGCAAUCGUCGCGCAUUUAAUGGAAAAUAUUUGAAAGAACAUCGCACUGAAUGCCUUGGAUCUGGAAAAUAUACUGGCCCGAAAAUUGAUGUAUGUUUUUUUUGUUUAUUUUAUCUAAUUCUUAUUCUCAUUUUAAAACAUUUCAGUGUUCAUGUUGUGACGCCAAGUAUUUGUCAGUUGCUGAUUUACUUCAACAUCGUCAAAAAAUUCAUGGAAACGAAGAAAUGUUGAGAUGUGGAGUUUGUGGUAAAAAAUCGAUGGAUAAAAGUUUGAUUUAUUCACAUUUAGUCAUGGUAAUUUUUUACUUGAACCAUUUUUUCAGAAAUCUAAUUCCAUUAUUUUGUAGGAAUAUCGAUUGUUUGAAUGUGUUCAUUGUCAAAGAUGCUUUGAUAAUCGAGUCAAAUUAGAAGAACAUACAGAAAAAUGUCAAAAAUUAAAAAAUGUGGAACCAAUGGAAGUCGAUUUAAGUGAUAGGAGCAAACUUGGCGAAGGUUUUUAUAAUUGUGUGAAAUGUGGAAGAGCGACAACAAAUCUGACAACUUUGAGAGAUCAUUCUGAAUUAUGUAGAGGGGAAAAAGAUAUUACGGUUAAAGUUGAUGUAAGUUUUUGGAAUUGGAAAAUCUGAGUUUUCAGAGCAGAUUAAGAGGGAGUGAAUAAGUUUCUCAAUUUCGUCAGCGAUUAAUAGAUUUCUCAAAAAUUCAGAGGUUAUUAGGAGAAUAUAUGCGGCUGUCAGUCAUUUUCAAAAGGAAUAACUAUUAAAAUGUAAAAUUAAUUAUAUUUUAUUAAAUAUAAGAUGCGCAAUUUUCAGUUUGUUUGUCACGGUGGCCGAGUGGUCUAAGGCGUGGGUCUUAUGAACUCAUUGGUGCAAACCAUCGCGGGUUCGAAUCCCGUCCGUGACAUAACAAAUAUUUUCUAAAAAAAGGGUUUUACAAGCCAGAAAAUGAUAUUAAGCAAAACUGAUAUUUUCCAGUGUUGGGAUUGCAAUGUGAAGUUUAUAUCAGUACAUGAUUUGGUUCGUCAUCGAGCUGAUUCUCAUCCGGAUAAGAUUCUCUUCUGUAAAUUCUGUAAUCGCAAUUUCAACUCAAAAUCAAGUAUAUUGGGACAUUUAGUUAUUGUGAGUUUUAGCUACAAUGUUUUGUGAAAAACAGAAUAACUUUUCAUUUCAGGAAUUCCAAGUUUUCAAAUGUACAUCGUGUGAUCGUGCUUUCGAUUGUCAAAAACGGUUAGAUCUUCAUUAUCCAAAAUGUUCAUAA